GACGAGCUGAAGAUUGAGCAGCCCAAGGGAGGCAUUGCAAAGAGCGAAGCUGAUGCAUUAGCCAUAGCGAAGGAGGUAGGCUACCCAGUUGUGGUAAGACCUUCUUAUGUUCUAGGUGGGCGGGCAAUGGAGAUAGUUUAUGAUGACAGUAGACUAAUAACCUACUUGGAAAAUGCGGUUGAAGUUGACCCAGAGAGACCUGUUUUGGUAGAUAAAUAUCUCUCAGAUGCCAUUGAGAUCGACGUUGAUACCCUUACUGAUUCCUAUGGAAAUGUGGUAAUUGGUGGAAUAAUGGAGCAUAUCGAACAAGCUGGUGUGCAUUCUGGUGACUCGGCUUGUAUGCUUCCAACACAAACCAUCCCAUCUUCUUGUUUGGAAACUAUCCGUACAUGGACCACUAAGCUGGCGAAGAAGCUAAAUGUAUGUGGGCUGAUGAACUGUCAGUACGCAAUCACAACAUCUGGGGAUGUUUUC